AUGGAUAGGGAAGAUUUAUCUAAGUUUACAGACAUCCUUGAUGAAAUAUGCGACUCUCAGCCCCUCGAAAUAUAUGACUCUCAACCUCUAUCACUCGCAUCUUCCAAUAUUACACAGGUGUCUCAAGAAAGUCCGAUACCGAAAUCAACUAGACCACCAAAAUGCACAGGUCAAAUGGGAAACUUUCGAAGUGUAGAAGAAAUUGAUCCCAAGUAUCAACACAUCUUCACGUAUCGGUAUUUCAAUCUAGUACAGUCGAAUGUUAUCGAAGAUGCUCUGUAUUCUGAUAAAUCCUUAGUAGUGUGUGCGCCGACGGGAUCAGGAAAGACUGUUAUCUUUGAGAUGGCCAUAGUGCAAUUGCUUAUGGAACUGGAAGAUAAAAACUAUAAAGGCGAUUUUAAAAUCAUAUACAUGGCACCAGUAAAAGCACUGUGUACGGAAAGAAUCACGGAAUGGCAUUCAAAAUUCACUCAACUAGGCCUUUUAUGUAUUGAAGUGACCGGCGACACUGACAUCGAUUUUCCGCAGUUAAAGCCUUACAGCAUUAUUAUAACGACACCUGAAAAAUGGGAUAUGCUAACUCGGAGAUGGAAAGACCAUAGAGGUUUGGUGGAAGUGGUCAAACUUUUUCUCAUAGACGAAGUGCACAUACUGAACGAUGAAAUACGUGGACCCGUUCUAGAAGCUGUUGUUAGUAGGAUGAAGACCAUUCAGUCUUCAGUGCAAUCAGUUCACCGUGUAGAACAACUUAAAGCACAGUUUCAAGGAGCUGAUUCACGACAAGAACCACCUAGAAUACGUUUCGUUGCGGUGUCCGCUACAGUUAGUAACCCGGAAGACGUGGCAGUCUGGCUUGGUAAUAGCGAACAACCUGCCGCUUGUUACAGAUUUGGGGACGAAUGCAGGCCAGUGAAACUAAAACGUGUCGUUGAAGGCUACUCAUGUCCAGUUGGAACCAGUAUUUUCAAAUUCGACAUCAUGCUCAACUACAAACUUUGGCCGAUUAUACAAAAGUACUAUAACGGGAAACCUACUCUGAUAUUUUGCAACACCAGAAAAGGUGUGGUUCUAACAGCGGAGACGCUGUCACGGGAAAUUACUAUGAACUUCAAUGAAGCACUAAAAUCAAGGUUGAUAGCACUAGCAUCAAUAUUAAAAGAUAAGAAAGUUCAGUCACUAAUUCUGUGCGGCGUUGGUUACCACCACGCCGGCCUGCUCUAUGAAGAGAGGAGGAACAUCGAACAAGCCUUCAGGAACAGAGACCUACCCAUUCUCGUCACCACUACCACUUUAGCUAUGGGUGUCAACUUACCAGCACAUCUCGUGAUAAUAAAGAAUACUCAGCAAUAUGUCAAUGGAGCUUAUCAGGAAUACAGUAUCAGCACGGUCCUGCAAAUGGUGGGGAGAGCGGGCCGCCCGCAGUACGACACUGAAGCCACCGCCGUCAUUAUGACCAGACUUCAGGACAAGGCUCGAUACAAAACUUUAGUGGAAGGCUGCGAGCCAUUGCAAAGCUACCUGCACAAGCGGUUAGCGGAAAACCUGAACAGUGAGGCUGCCCUGGGUACUGUGUGCGAUGUUGCUCAAUGCGUCCAAUGGGUCAACUCCACCUUCCUCAAAGUGAGGGCCGCAAGAGAACCGAAGAGAUACCUCAACAUCACAUCCGCUGCCCCCGCUGAGCUAAUUACCAAGAAGAUUGAGGAGCUAUGUGUAAGAGCUAUGAACGGUCUAGCCAGCGCCGGACUUAUAACUAUGGACGAAGCCAGUUGUAUCGAGUCAACAGAAGCAGGGCAAUUAAUGUCGCUAUAUUACAUUGAUUUGGAGACAAUGAAACUAAUCAUGAAGUUAGAGGGCACGGAGUGUCUAGAGCGUCUGCUGUGGUUGCUAUGCGAGUGUCACGAACUGUCGGAUAUGCAUCUGCGCGUGGACGAGCGGCGCUGUUUGAACGCGCUCAACAGGAACCGCGUCGCCGCCACCAUCCGCUUCCCGAUGAAGGGCAAGAUCAACAGCCGCCAGAUGAAACUCAGCUGCGUAAUCCAAGCCGUCCUAGGAUGCUUGCCAAUUGCAGAGCCUUCGCUCAACCAAGAAGCUAUGAAGAUAAUGAAAAUUGCUAUCAGAGUUUGCAAAUGCUUAGUUUCAUACGUAACUCGGUACAAUUUCAUAACGGAAAAUCCAAAACUCUACACAACAAUUUUGAACUCUUUGAUAUUAGCGAAAUGUAUAUCGGCUCAGUUAUGGGAGAAUUCGCCAUACGUCAGUCGACAACUGAAGGGCAUAGGAGCUGCGUAUAGCACACUGCUUGCUUCUGCGGGGAAGACUAACUUCUUGGUCUUGGAGGAGAGUCAUCCCAGAGAUUUGGAGAGGAUAAUGAACAAAGGCCCACCCGCUGGCAAUAUACUUCGAAAGCAAAUAAGCCUACUCCCAAAGUAUAGCCUAAGUAUGACCUCGGUCAACGAAAACACUGUGCGAGUGCAACUUACUCUACUGAAUCAUGCGCAUUUAGCUGAGAACAUGGAUAACUUGACCGCCGGUGUCGAUCAUAAGAGUUAUGUUAUUGUGGGCGAUUCUGAAAACUAUGUUUUAUAUUUCACAUGCUUCAAGGAAUCUAAUCUCAUUACCGUUUACGACGGAUGCAUGACUUUUGAUGUAACCAGGAAACAUAAUAAUGAGCACAAAGUUAUUGCUCACUGCAUCAGUUCAACUUUUGUUGGCAUUGAUGAAAAAUGUGAAUUUGUGUUUGUGGAUCUAAACUCGUUAAAUGUUGCAAAUGAACAAUUUCCAGUAACACAAACAUUGGACACGCAAUGUCUUAUUAAACAACCAAAAAUCACCGACCUUUUUAAAGAGAGAAAAAGAAAAUGCUUAGAUAAAGAAGAUAUUCCAUCGAAGGAAAAAAGAAAGCGAGAUAAUAUUUUCAUGGAUAAACUUAAGACUAUGAAGAAGUCUUUAGAAAAAUCAGAAAUAACGAAACAGGAUCAUGACAAAACACCUGAUGUGUUUCUUAACUUAGUCCCAGAUUUAACGUAUACUACUCCUGAAAUACUAGGAAAUCAUUUAAACAUCGAUAAUCAAUAUGAAAUUCAACAUUUAGACGAAGCAUUAUCGGACAACUUUGACCUAAAUGAUAUAGAUGACGAUCAAAUUAAAAAUAUUUCAAGUGAUAGAAGAGCCGGAAAAUCUAGUGAUUCCAUUACAUUAGAAGUGGAAUCUUUACCGUCAGAAAAAAAUCGGUUUUCAUAUUUCCAAAAAAAUAUACCUUAUAAAUAUAACAACAGGCAUGACCUAAGGUUUUGCAAAAAAAUAAAUACGAAAAACAAUUUUGCGUUUUUAGACAAGUUGGAGAAAAAGGACAAGGAUGAAAUAGACGAGGGAGAUAAAAGAUUAGAGACUGACUUCUCGAAAAUAGUGAAACCGAAAAUGGAAAAAUAUUUUCAAGAAACUCGAAAAAAAUAUAAAAUGAAUAGCUCUUUUAUAAACAUCUUAGACUCUUCAAAUUUAAUAGAUGAAGACACAGGUGUGAAGAACAUAAAAAAUGUUGUUGAAUUAUAUAGUAACGACAAAAGUGAAGACUUAAUGAGAAGUUAUAACAAUAAAUCCAAAUGUACUGAAAACAAAGACCAAUUAACUGAAACCAGCGAAAGUUCAAAUUCAUUAAUCAAUAUGGCACUAACAAACGUAUCUUAUAGUGCAACAAAGCUAGUACCAAAUCAGUCUAAUUUAAAUAUAAUACCGUACAGCGAUGAAAUCAAUGAAAACUCACGAUUAAAAGAAUUGUCUGUAAAAAAUAUAAUACUUGAAAAUGCUGAUAAACAUAAAAAAGAAAUUAGUGGAAAUUCUGUUACUUUAUUUCCUGAUUAUCCGUUUAAGCCUUUUUCUAUAACCCCAAAUAAUGAAGCUCAAUUAUUCAGAAUCAAACCACAAACCAGCCAAAAUUUUUUUUUUGAAAAAACAAACAAUUGUCCUAAAAACUCAAACAAUUUUCCCAUCUGCAGAGAUACCAAUAAAUUCCAUUUAAAAACUUCCGAAGAAAAUAGUGAAAAUAUCAAGAGAUUAUAUCAUACAAAUAAGCUUAACAUUUGUACUACUAAAUAUUUUAAACAUAUUAUUAGUGAAUUGAAAGUAGAUUUCAAUAUAAGUGAAAUAGUAUAUAAAAACUCUGAUCACUCUUAUGAAUGUGCUGAGACCCUAAAACUCAAACCUGAAUUAGAUAAAAUUACAAACGUUGCGUCAAGGACUCUUUACUGCCAGGCUAAUAUUUCAACCAAAACAAUUACUACUAUAAAAAGUUCAAUAAACAAAGGACUUCAAAUUGAGCGAAAACAUUGUCACACCAAUGAAGAUAAAGAAAACUUGUCCAGUCCUGCGUUGAUUGAAUUUCUUGAACCUUAUACCACCCAAAAAGAAAUUAUGAAUAAAAAUUAUAACCAAUUUGAUAAACCUUUACAAAAAGAUAACUUUUACAGAACAAACUACCUCCGUAAAAGUUAUCAUUUUGGUAAUCAAGACUCAAAUUGCUUAAAGAGCACAUUUCCCGCAACUUGUAACAACAAGAAUAAAGAUAAUAAUAAAUUUAAACCUCAUUCUAUAACAGAUACCAACCAAUUUAGUAUUUUACGGAAAGCGACAAACAAUAUAAUGGAAAAAUCGUUUAGUAAGGAUAAUUGUAAAAGUCCACAAAAGGCAAAAAAUCAAGAAAAUGAUCACUUAUCAAAAUUUGACCCUGAAAAUGUUGAAUUUCAUUUUAAAGAUAUUAAUGUCGAGGAGGAAAGUCUGCAAGUUGACACUCUUGCAGUUCAUUUAAAUAACAUCGAUAACGGUUUAUCUGUAGACGGUGAUGUAAUUAUUCUGCCGCCCCCUGAAUUCCGUGAUGACAAUACAUAUUCACUCAAACUUGGUAACGAUUUAAAUAAAUAUGAAAAAUCCAGGGAAUGUCUUGAGAAUGGUAAUAUUGAUAUUAAUGUCGAGGAGGAAACUCUGCAAGUUGACCCUCUUGAAGUUCAUUUAAAAAAUAUCGAUAAUAACGGUUUAUCUGUAGACGGUGAUGUAAUUAUUUCGCCACCCCCUGAAUUCCGUGAUGACAAUACAUAUUUACUCAAACUUGGUAACGAUUUAAACAAAUCUAAAAAACCCAGGGAAUGUCUUGAGAAUAGUAAUAUUGAUAAUAAUACAACCAUUGAUGAAAAAUUUAGUUUGUCUAAUAGUGAUUUAUAUUCUGGCGAUAGAACUUCACUCAAAAAUAUUAAUUCAAUUAUAUCCAAAGAUAUUCCAAGAAAUCCUUCUGUAAAAAACAUACUACAAAAAUACAGAAAUGCUUUUAAAAGGUUGGUAGGUUCUAUUAUUUAAUGUUUAAAGUUACAUUCACUGAUUCAGAGCUGAAAGCACAUCCGAAGAACUACAACCAGUCCCCAAAAGCUGACAAAAUAAAAGCAUAACAUAACUAGAGCUGCUUCUCCAUGCCUUUGCAAGUGAGCGGCCGACCUUGAGUAAGCAUUAUUUAAACUAAAAUUUAACUAUUAUUAUUAUUAUUGUGUUUCAGGGAAAAAACAAUUAAUUUUACUGAUUAUGACAUAAAAUAUAAUAAAUAUGAUAAUGCUGAUAGCCAAGAAACAAAAAGUAUCAAAAUCAAUCAAUUCAGAAGAAAAUAUAAAAUCAGAGACAUAGAUAAGAUAAACAUACCUCUACCAAAUUCACUAUUUGUUGAAACUCAGAACAGUAAUAUGUCAACCCAACAAGAUAACCUAACUAACGAAGUUGACUAUGAUAACCAUAAUGAAUUUCAACAAAAUGAUCAUAGUUACAACAACAAACAUAUCGAACAAGAUCAUUUAACUCCAAGAUUUGACAGUGUUCUAAAUACGAUCAAAAAUAAAAUACAACAAACCUACCUAAUUCAUAAUAAUAAGGAGGUUCUAGAUUAUUCUACUCAGAUACCGGAAAGUGUUGUAGAUAUUGAUGAUGAUAUAGAAGAGGAAACUCCUGAAAUACAUUCACCUGAUAAUAUUGAUCGUUUAUAUUCUCCCACAGAAUUUAAUAUAAAUGAAGCUAUAUUAAAUCCCAAGACUUUACUUGAAUAUUACAAUAAAAAUGAUGAAGUAGACACACUGACAGAUCCAGCAGAAUUUUGUGAUAAUAACAACUAUACUUGUUCACCAACAUGUCAUUAUAAUUCAUAUUUAGAUCAAAGAAGUAUUGAUGGAAUUACUCAAGAAGAAAAUUUAAAUGAUGCAGGAAACUUUGAGACAACUAACGUAUUUAGGAAUGAUGCUGUAAUUGAGUUGACGCCUUCAAAAGAAGUUGAAACUUGGACAUUAUCACCCGAAGAUAUGAAAACUGGGCCAUUUGACUCAGAUUCCUGCCUAUCCUAUACUAUGAUGCGCAAAAAACGUACUGAAACCAAAGCUUUAGACAAUAAUUCAUAUAUUUUUAAUCGCUCACGUCGAGCAAAACUGUCUCACUUUAAAUAUGAGCGAAAAAGUGCUUUCAAAAAAAUAUAAUUUGUUAGUUUUGUGCGUUUCAUUUUGUCAUACAUUAAAAGAAAAGUUUGUUCUAAUAUUUGUUGUUUUUAAAAAUAGUUUUAAUUAAUGUAGGUCUAGCGAAAUAUAAUUUUUACA